CUGAGAGGAGCCACUCGGGCGCGAGAAGCGGCUGCAGAGCGGGAACAGGGCACAGAUAAGUCUGACCAUUUUAUUUUCUGAUGGUGAGAGAGAGAGAAGUCAAGGGAUUGCUGCUUCUUUGAACCCAGUAUCUGUGAACCCUCAAGUGUCAAGACACGGCUGUGAGAUAUCCAGGCUGGAGAGAAAAACUUGCUUCUUUUGUUUUGUUUUCAAAGGAGAGGGCGGUGAAGAUGGCCCCUUUCUCUGUGCUCCUGCUGCUUCACCUGGUGGGAAUAUUCCCAGGAGACCUUCAGGUCCUCUGUUUCCCCAUCCAAAGGAGAGACCUCUUCCCCAUCAAAGUGUCCCCACUCGACAUGGCCUUGACCUCUUUCGAUGACCAGUACAAGGGAUGUGCGGAGCAGAUGGAGGCUGAGCUGGCCGAGCUGAACCGCACGGAGUUCGCCCAAAACAGAGUCUAUGCCGAGGCCUGGGAAGAGGCCUCCUCUCAGUGGGAGGGGAGGAAAACCCCUUUGCCCGCAGGGCUCAAGCCCGAGUACGUCAUCGCCAUCAUGGCUUACACCAUCCAAGGGCGCCUCCACAGGGAUUUCAACGCAGCCGUGAGGGAAGCCGGGCGCACGAGAGACUCUUACCUCAACAACUUCAACUUCAAGACCCUUCACUUCCUCCUGACCAGGGCCCUCCACGCUUUGGGGACCACCUCUCACCCCAGGUGCCAAAAGGUGUACCGCGGGGUGCGAAACGUCCGCUUCACCUCUGAGCGCCUCAAGGCAGUCCGCUUUGGUCACUUCACGUCCUCGUCGCUGAAGAACGAGAGCGCCCUGCAGUUCGGCACGGACACCUUCUUCACCAUUGAUACCUGCUAUGGGGUCAACAUCAAGAACUUCUCCUUCUUCCCCGGCGAGGAAGAGGUCCUCAUCCCCCCCUUCGAGAAGUUCAAGGUGGCCAACUUCACCAAAGCCAAGGAGACGACUUACAUCCAGCUCCUCUCCCUCGAAGACUCCAGCGUCCACAACUGUGUCUUUGUGAAAGAGAAAAAGUGCAAGCCCCCAAGGUGCCAGACCAGUUCAGGUGCAAGUCAGAGCCAUCUCUCUGCCAGUGUCCAAAUGUCCUUCUUUCUCUGGGGUCCCCUCCUCCUUGCUGGCACCCUGGGACCCCCAGACCUCCUCUGAUCUCCAGGAUCAAACCUCUGCUUCUCCUCCACCCUUCGCAUAGUCCGCUCUUGGGGAAGCAAAACAGGAGCAAAUCGAGUGCGGCUGAGAGCAAACGUUAGUCUUUGCUUGAGUUAAGAGCCAAGCAGGUCGGCGGCUGCAAAUAAGCCGCUUUCUAAACCCAGAGUGUGUUGCUGGCAAGAGCUCCAUGGCAUCUCACCCCAUUAUCCCUUUGCUGUUGCAGUAGCAAUUUACGUAAUUGGCGUUAACAGACCCUCCAAAAACCCCUAUUUUCCAGGAACAGUCUUGGAUUUACAGCAGACGUCCCGGUUUAUGAUUUGAUCCCGGAAUGUCCCACUUUCCCUUUGUU